CUAAAAUUGAAAAUUAAAAGCAAACCAUGUAUCUGGAAAAAAGUGCCUCUGUAGCACUAGCAGCCGUGCAUGCACUGAACGAUGUGCCUGGUUGGCUCACUGAGCGGUUAUUUCAUACUGAUGCAGUGGAGUGCCCUUGGACCACUACCCCCGCCAACGACACACAAUGUCAAGAGAGACUUGCGACCGUGGUGGAGUUGAGGAGUGAAUUGGCAAACUGCGAACAUCCACUCAAAAAAAGUCUCCACACUAUAGGACAUCGCGGGGCAGCUCUGGUAGCGGUUGAAGAAACGUACAGGUCGUUUCAGGUAUCUAAACAAUAAAUACGUAUA